CAGAACAUAACGCCUUGCAACGUUUUCUGCAUCAGAUCAGAAAAGCGCAUCAUUCUUCUCUGUUCUCUGUAUUCUAGUAAACACGUAUCGACUUUGAAGGAAUUUAAAAAAAUCUUCUGGGAUUUACAAUAUUCUGUGAAAUCGUUCAUAAGUAUCGUGAAAUUGUUGGUGACAAGGGGUGAAAUAAAACUAACGAAAAUGAGUGAAGUGGGUUUGGUUGAGGUUGAGCCACAGCAAGUGGAAUUGCAGGAUUCGAACAAAAUCAGCAAAUGCACGGAUGUUGCCGACGCUUUGGGGCACGGAAAUGGCCUGAAUAAUUCUGGGAAUCGGUACAAAAUUCGCAUGCCGGUGGAUCGCUAUGCGUCGGAAUAUAACAUGAAUCAUCCAAAGCGCGGGCUGGCGCUGAUUUUUAAUCAUGAACACUUUGAAAUCCCUCAACUGAAGGCUCGAACCGGAACCAACGUGGAUUGCGAGAAUCUGGCAGCCACGCUAAAGUAUCUGGACUUUGAUGUUCGCGUGUACAAGGAUUUAAAAUUGCGGGAAGUGCAGAAGGAGGUGGAGAAAGUUGCCAUGAUGGAUCACUCUGAUCACGAUUGUGUCUCCAUCACUAUCCUUUCCCACGGUGAGUUGGGCUAUCUGUACGCAAAGGACUGCCAGUAUAAGUUGGACAUAAUUUGGUCUUACUUUACCGCAAAUCGCUGCCCAACGCUGGCCGGCAAGCCGAAAGUGUUCUUCAUCCAAGCUUGCCAGGGAGAUCAACUAGACGCAGGCGUCACCCUAGCCGAACGCACUGAGACGGACAGCGCCGGCUCCAUGAGCUACAAAAUACCAGCCCAUGCCGAUUUCCUGAUCGCCUAUUCAACCAUCCCGGGAUUCUACUCGUGGCGCAACACGCAGAAGGGCUCUUGGUUUAUGCAGUCUCUUUGUCAGGAGAUGAAUCAGCAUGGCAAAAAGUACGACCUGCUGACACUGCUGACGUUCGUUGCUCAACGUGUGGCGUACGACUUCGAGUCCAACACGCCGGAUAUUCCUAUGAUGCAUCAGCAGAAGCAGAUCCCGUGCGUGACCACCAUGCUCACGAGGCUGUUGCGUUUCACCGACAAGUAAUAAUGUUGCGCGUGAUCGCUUCUUUGAAUCUGCUUUGAGCAUGACACCUAGCGUAGGCACCGUUGAAAUUCAAAAUUAAGUAACACUUCCAAAUCACCUGAGCCUGUGCACUUCGUUCACGUUCUAGACUGGUGGAUUUGACUGAGAAAUUGGCUGUUUAUUGAUUCGGAUGUUUCACGUAUGUAUUUCCUGUAUUGAUAUUCCUUUGUUUUACGCUAGACUAGGUUCUCUUAAACGUCUAAGUUAAAUGUCAAUUUUAUAAACUUCAACUAUUACACUCUGUAUAAAUCAUUCUUUCUAAAGUACCUAUGGAUAGGUACGCAUUAAAUUGUGUAUCGCUCGAAUA